AUGGCUGCGAUCAACACCGAAUUCAAUUGUGAAGAAGAUCUGAGUUUUGCUCCAUUAGUAACUCAACCUACUGCCUCCAAAAGUGCGAUCGGGCUCCAUAACGAAACAAUGAAUCCACAGCUUGCUACUCCAUUUCCGUCACUACUGAAGUCCAAUAUGGACUUCCAGAUGGGCCUUGAGGAUGACGGCGCCCUUCAGAUUUCUGAUUUUUUUGAUAUACCCCUAUUAAUCUCGGACCAUGGAGAAGAAGACUCAGAGAGUGAGAGUCUUGCGGUGUCCAAGUUGGUCAAUUCUCGUCCGAGUGCCAUGAAUGAUGAGAGCACAAACGCGGCCGCACAGGUAAUCAAGAAAUAUAUCCGCGAGGAGUGCAAAGAUACACCACAGAAUAGUUUUGUGAGUACUCUGCAUAGCGAAACCGUUACCGUGACUAAUGAGUGUGAGAGUCCUGUUGCAGUCGUUCAAGAGCUGUCCGAAGUGGUAGCGAAGCCUGCCAAGGUAAUCUUGGGCCCAGAAGCAUUCAGAAAUGAACACGAGAAAGUCAUGAAGAUAAUUGUCAAGUAUGUUGCCAUGAAAAUCACAAACUCGUUCCCUCCACAAGCACCAAAGAAAUCAGCAGCAAAGGAGUUAGCCUUGGAUGAAUUCAUGAUGGUGCUUGUAAGUCGUCUUCAGCUCUCAAUGACCAACUUCAUGAAGGGAAUAAUAUACUUGUUCCGUUAUAUGGAUAUCAUUUAUCUAUUACGAUACUUGAAUCAGUCGAAUAAUUUUGCGAACUAUACUGAUAUGGGCUUCGGGCUUAAGAAACUCAUUGUUGGCUGCUUUCGCUUGGUUCUUGCUCGUGAAAGAAUCGCUAAGGAUUGGAAGACUAUCACUGGCUUGACUAAUGUUCAGAUCAAUGCCAUUGUCAAGACUUUGAUUGGCAGAUUGAAUGGCAAAUUGAACAUCAAGAAUGUGGAGGUGUUAAGAUUGAAGAAUGAAAUUUUUCGGUUCAUCCAGAUGGUGACCAAGAGUGUAUAA